UUUUAACUUAAGGUUUUUGACGCUCAUAAACUCGCAGCCAUAAGGCCCUUCCCCUUAAACCCUAAACCCUAGAAGUUGCUGCUUCUAGAGUCUUCGGUUUCCUCAGUACUAUAAACUCUGCCUGGUCGAGUCGCUGUGCGCGCUAGCUCCGUCUUUCUCUUUCGUUCAAACACACGCCCUUUGGCGAUUCUUCUUCUGGAGAGCAAUCUGCAAAUCCGCAACCAUGUAUCGAGCAGCUGCAAGCCUUGCUUCCAGAGCUCGGAUUGCUAGGAAUGGCACUCAGCAGAUUGGUAGCAGGCUGAGUUGGAACAGAAACUAUGCUGCCAAAGACGUUAGAUUUGGAGUUGAGGCGCGUGCUUUGAUGCUUAAGGGUGUUGAAGAGCUUGCUGAUGCCGUUAGAGUAACCAUGGGUCCCAAGGGGCGCAAUGUGGUACUGGAACAAAAUUUUGGUGCCCCCAAAGUAACAAAGGAUGGUGUAACUGUUGCCAAAAGUAUUGAAUUCAAGGACAAAGUAAAAAAUAUUGGUGCAAGCCUUGUAAAACAGGUUGCAAAUGCCACCAAUGAUGUUGCUGGAGAUGGAACCACUUGUGCUACAGUCCUAACCCGAGCAAUAUUUACGGAAGGUUGCAAGUCAGUUGCAGCUGGAAUGAAUGCAAUGGAUCUUAGACGUGGCAUAAGUAUGGCAGUUGAUGCUGUGGUUACAAACUUGAAAAGCAGAGCACGAAUGAUCAGCACAUCUGAAGAAAUAGCACAGGUGGGAACAAUUUCAUCAAAUGGAGAGAGAGAAAUUGGCGAAUUAAUUGCCAAGGCUAUGGAGAAAGUUGGCAAAGAGGGUGUCAUCACAAUUGCAGAUGGGAAAACAUUAGACAAUGAAUUGGAAGUUGUUGAGGGGAUGAAGCUCGAUAGGGGCUACAUAUCCCCUUACUUCGUUACUGACACAAAAACCCAGAAAUGUGAACUAGAAGAUCCUCUCAUUUUAAUCCACGAGAAGAAAAUCUCAAGUAUUAAUGCUGUAGUGAAAGUCUUAGAACUGGCAUUGAAGAGACAAAGACCCUUACUGAUUGUUUCUGAAGAUGUGGAAAGCGAUGCAUUGGCAACUCUUAUUUUGAAUAAGCUUCGCGCUGGCAUUAAGGUUUGUGCCAUUAAAGCCCCAGGCUUUGGGGAAAAUAGGAAGGCUGGUCUGCAAGAUCUUGCGAUUCUUACAGGGGGUGAACUUAUAAAUGAAGAGCUUGGUAUGAAUCUUGAAAAGGUGGACUUGGACAUGCUUGGAACAUGCAAAAAGGUUACAGUAUCUAAGGACGACACUGUUAUUCUUGAUGGUUCUGGUGACAAAAAGGCCAUUGAGGAAAGAUGCGAACUGAUUAGGUCAGCAAUUGAAUUAAGCACAUCUGAUUAUGACAAAGAAAAGUUGCAAGAGAGGCUGGCAAAGCUUUCUGGUGGUGUCGCUGUGUUAAAGAUUGGGGGAGCUAGUGAAGCUGAAGUUGGUGAGAAGAAGGACAGAGUUACAGAUGCUUUAAAUGCAACUAAGGCAGCUGUAGAAGAGGGAAUUGUACCAGGUGGUGGUGUUGCUCUUCUUUAUGCAGCAAAAGAGCUGGAGAAGCUGCCAACAGCCAAUUUUGAUCAGAAGAUUGGGGUUCAAAUAAUUCAGAAUGCUCUGAAGACGCCUGUGCAUACAAUUGCUUCCAAUGCUGGUGUUGAAGGGAGUGUCGUGGUUGGCAAACUAUUGGAGCAGUCUGACCCAGAUCUUGGGUAUGAUGCUGCAAAAGGUGAAUAUGUUGACAUGGUGAAAGCAGGAAUUAUUGACCCACUGAAAGUAAUUAGGACUGCUUUGGUUGAUGCUGCAAGUGUUUCAUCAUUGAUGACCACAACUGAAGCAGUUGUGGUUGAACUACCCAAGGAUGAGAAGGAAGUUCCGGCAAUGGGUGGUGGCAUGGGAGGCAUGGAUUAUUAGAGGUCCUCCUGCCCAAUUCUGCACACGAUCCAAAUUGUAUGGAUUUGUUUAACAGAUUCACACCAAUGGAAGAGCAACUCACCAGCGGCAAGUGUUAGGGUUUUGACCUUUCGAGUUUUUAUUGUCAAUUGAAGCAAUGCAUUUGUGUACUCAUAGUGAGGGGGGGGGGGGGUGUUGGUUAAGGGAUUUUCGAAGUCAUUGUUGGUGCGAGGAAGACUUGAAAGUACGCAUAUUUUGCUGUGAUACAAUAAGUUAUCUUCCCCGUAUUGGGUAUGUUUGGUUGUCAAUUGUGUUUAUCCACUGUUAUCAUUUUUGCUGCCUCCGAAGAGCGGAUGAAGUUGCUCACCCCCUUGUUUAUUAUGUUUUUCUCAAGUUUGCCUUGUCAUGUUUGGGCUUUGGAGAUUGAACUUGAGAUUCUCAUAGAACACACCUUUUAACAAUUAUUUCAAUUUUUGGCCUGCAUUACAAAUA